UUGAUAAUAAAAAAUCAUGAUAACUCAUCGUCAGUGUUUUUUUUAGGCCUUGGACAUGGCACUUUUGUUGCUGGUCUUAUAGCAAGUUCGGAUCGCAAAUGUGACGGAUUUGCUCCAGCGGCUAGUAUCUAUGCUUAUAAAGUAUUCACAAAGAAACAGGUUUCAUUCACUUCUUGGUUCUUAGAUGCCUUCAAUCAUGCUAUAUUACGAGGUAUAAAUGUCUUGAAUUUGAGCAUCGGUGGGCCUGAUUUUACAGAUCUUCCAUUCAUGGACAAAGUCUGGGAACUAACUGCGAAUGGAAUUAUUCUAAUCUCAGCAAUUGGUAACGAUGGGCCAAAAUUUGGGACAUUAAAUAAUCCGGCAGAUCAAAUGGAUGUUAUUGGCGUUGGUGGUAUUAAUGCCGAUUCUAAAAUUGCUCGUUUUUCAUCUCGUGGAAUGACCACAUGGGAAUUGCCCGCUGGCUAUGGACGAGUGAAGCCGGAUAUAGUAUCGUACGGUGCAUCCGUGUACGGAUCUGCUCUGGAUGGUGGUUGUCGAGCUCUUUCUGGUACUUCAGUUGCCUCACCCGUUGUUGCUGGUGCUGUUGCUGUUAUGCUCAGUGGAAUUGAAGAUAAGCGUUUAUGGAAUCCAGCUGUUGUGAAGCAGGCACUGAUUGAAGGCGCAACACGUCUUCCCAAUGUUGCAACAAUGUUCGAGCAAGGAGCUGGCAAAAUGAACAUUUUGGCAUCCUUUCAAUUUAUGCGCCGAUAUACACCACGAAUAACGCUGAUUCCCCCAUACAUCGAUUUCAACGAAUGCCCGUAUAUGUGGCCGUAUUGCAGUCAACCCCUGUAUGCAUCUGCUCUACCUACUAUCAUUAAUGUCACAAUUGUGAAUGGAUUGGGUGUAUCAGGUCGAAUUGUCGAUGAGCCAAUCUGGGAGCCAUUUCUGGACGAAAAAGGUGAUAUCCUAAAUGUUUCAAUAAUGUAUUCCGAUCUACUCUGGCCUUGGUCCGGCUAUAUGGCGAUUGCAGUAAGUGUGGUAGCGGAUGGAUCAACUUAUGAUGGUUCAGCAAGCGGACGAAUUAGUGUUACGGUCGUGUCAGAAGAUCAUGGGGUGCAGAAACGUUCAACAGCGCAGUUAUUGUUACGUGUACGAAUUAUUCCAACACCUCCGAAAAGCCAAAGAUUACUGUGGGACCAAUAUCGAAAUAUGCGCUAUCCACCGGGAUAUUUUCCACGAGAUGAUUUACGGGAUAAAGCAAAUAUCCUGGACUGGAACGCCGAUCAUCCGCAUACCAAUUUCAAGGCCCUAUAUCAGCAUCUUCGAAGCAGCGGCUACUACAUCGAAGUACUGGGUGAACCGUUGACAUGCGUGGAUUUGAGUUACUAUUCAGUGUAUUUACUGGUUGAUCCAGAAGAUGAGUUUUUUCCGGGUGAGCGUGAAAAACUUUCCACGGAAGUGACUCACAACGGCUUAAAUAUGAUCGUUUUUGCGGACUGGUACAAUGCUUCCGUAAUUGACAAAAUUCGAUUUUUGGAUGAGAAUACGAAGUAA